GCUCCGGGGCUAGACCUGGAUCUCGCUCGCGCGCGUCAGCUCGGGAGGUCCCGCGCGGCUCAGUCGCUGCACCUCACUCGCUCGGCGACGAUGCGAGGAUGCGCCCGCGCUGAAGGACGGCGACAAUAUGGAUUUUGAUGCUUCCAAUAUGUAUCUACCCAGCUGCACUUACUACGUCCCCGGGGCGGACUUCGCGGCUCUCCCGCACUACCUGGCCCAGGGUCAGCCCUCCUGCCCGGUGGCGUACUCGUACCAGUCGUCGCCUCUUCCUCAGGUUCCGUCCGUCAGGGAUGUGGCGUUCAGGGACUACGCCGUGGACGGCUCGGCCAAGUGGCACCACGGAAGGGGGAGUCUCCCGCACUGCUACGCCGACGACGGCUGGAGCGGCCCGACCCCCCGCGGGGCGGACGCGCCGGGGAAAGGCGUCUCGCCCUCCGGCUCCGCGACGACGACCGCGCCGGGAGGCUUCGCGCACGGCGGCGCGUCCAGGAACGGCGUCUUGCCGCAGGCUUUCGACCAGUUCUUCGACUCGACCUACGGCGGCCAGGAGCACGGGGCCACGCUGAGCCAGGGCAGGCCGGGCGCGGCGAGGAGCGGCCCCGCUCCGGCUCCUCGAGCUCCGGGCUCGGACACGGCGGAGAGCUGCAGCCCCAAGUCGUCGCCGGGCCUCGGCGAGGACGGGAGCGCGAAGGGCGGCGGUGUCCAGAAGACGCGCAAGAAAAGAUGCCCGUACUCCAAAUAUCAAAUCAGGGAGCUGGAGAGGGAGUUCUUCUUCAGCGUUUACAUCAACAAGGAGAAGCGGCUGCAGCUUUCCCGGAUGCUCAACUUGACUGACCGACAGGUGAAAAUCUGGUUUCAGAACAGGAGGAUGAAGGAGAAGAAACUCAACAGAGACCGUUUACAGUACUACACCAGCAACCCCCUGCUAUAAAACAUGGACGCCAAACACCUGCACGACUCCGAUGGCAACUCUUCAAAAGCCCAAACAGUUUCUCAUUAAACGUCCCAUCCUCGCUCUCUUAUUAUUAUGAUUAUUAUGAUUCUUAUUAUUAUUGUGACAAAAAAAAAUGCUCUUAUGUUCACCCCCCAAUUUGUAUGCUCACAUUUACACGCACGCACGGACUGGAAUUGUUUUAUUCGUACUUUUAAUAUUCUAUUGUCCAAAUACAGUAUAUAUCUCUA